GGCGCGCACGUGCGCCGACUCUGCUCCGGCCGGGCGCAGUCCGGACUCGCCGCCGCCGCUGCCGCCGCUUCCUCCUGCUCCCGCUCCCGCUCCCGCUCGCCCAGCGUGCCGCGCAGCGUCCCGCACACACGCAGACACACGCGCACAGAGCGGCCCCCCCCUCCCCUCCCCCCGCCAUGGGCGUGCAGGUGGAGACCAUCGCCCCCGGAGACGGACGCACCUUCCCGAAGCGCGGCCAGACGUGCGUCGUCCACUACACAGGGUUGCUGGAAGACGGGAAGAAGUUCGACUCGUCGCGGGACAGGAACAAGCCUUUCAAGUUCGUCAUGGGCAAACAGGAAGUCAUCCGCGGCUGGGAGGAAGGAGUGGCUCAGAUGAGCGUGGGCCAGAGAGCCAAGAUGACCAUCUCGCCCGACUUCGCCUACGGGGCCACCGGCCACCCGGGCAUCAUCCCGCCCAACGCCACCCUCGUCUUCGACGUGGAGCUCCUCAAGCUGGAGUGACCCCCGGCCCCCCCCCCCCCCCC